AUGCCGGGUCCGCUGCGCGCCAUGGAGGGCGAGGACGUGGAAGACGACCAGCUGUUGCAGAAGCUCAGGGCCAGUCGCCGCCGCUUCCAGCGGCGCAUGCAGCGGCUGAUAGAGAAGUACAACCAGCCCUUCGAGGACACCCCGGUGGUGCAAAUGGCCACACUGACCUACGAGACGCCACAGGGAUUGAGAAUUUGGGGUGGAAGACUAAUAAAGGAAAGAAAUGGAGAGAUCCAGGACUCCUCCGUGAAGCCCGCGGACAGAACAGAUGGCUCCGUGCAAGCUGCAGCCUGGGGUCCUGAGCUUCCCUCGCACCGCACAGUCCUGGGAGCCGAUUCAAAACGCCGUGAGGUCUAUGCCACGUUGGACCAGGAAGAGUCAGUUGCUUGGGCCUUAGCGCCUGCAGUGCCUCAGAGCCCUUUGAAAAAUGAGUUAAGAAGGAAAUACUUGACACAAGUGGAUAUACUGCUACAAGGUGCAGAGUAUUUUGAGUGUGCAGGUGACAGAGCUGGAAAGGAUGCACGUGUGACUCCGUUCCCUUCACUGACCUCACCUGCCAUGCCUGCCCCUGGAUACUGCAGUCGUGUCUCCGGAAAGAGUCCUGGUGACCCAGCGAAACUAGCUUCAUCUCCCAGAGAUUGGGAUCCUUUGCAUCCUUCCUCCACAGACAUGGCCUUAGUACCUAGAAAUGACAGCCUCUCCCUACAAGAGACCAGUAGCAGCAGCUUCUUAAACAGCCAGCUCUUUGAAGACGAUGACAUUUGCAAUGUGACCAUCAGUGACCUGUACGCAGGGAUGCUGCACUCCAUGAGCCGGCUGUUGAGCACAAAGCCGUCAAGCAUCAUCUCCACCAAAACGUUCAUCACGCAAAACUGGAACUCCAGGAGGAGGCACAGAUGUAAGAGCAGGAUGAACAAAACGUAUUGCAAAGGAGCCAGACGCUCUCAGAGGAGCUCCAAGGAGAACUUCGUACCCUGCUCUGAGCCUGUGAAAGAGACAGGAGCAUUAAGAGAUUGCAAGAACAUAUUGGAUGUUUCUUGCCAUAAGACAGGUUUAAAAUUGGAAAAAGCUUUUCUUGAAGUCAACAAACCCCAAAUCCAUAAGUUAGAUCCAAGUUGGAAGGAGCUGAAAGUGACACCCUCAAAGUAUUCUUCCUUGAUUUAUUUUGACUCCGGUGCAACGUAUAACCUUGAUCAGGAAAAUAGAUUUAGGACAUUAAAAUGGUUAAUUUCUCCUGUAAAAAUAGUUUCCAGACCAACAAUACAACAGGACCAUGGAGAGAACCGUCAGAGGGAGAUUGAAAUCCGAUUUGAUCAGCUUCAUCGGGAAUAUUGCCUGAGUCCCAGGAACCAGCCUCGCCUGAUGGGCCUCCCAGGCUCCUGGGCCAUGAACAUGUACAGAGGGGGUCCUGCGAGUCCUGGUGGCCUUCAGGGCUUAGAAACCCGCAGGCUGAGUUUACCUUCCAGCAAAGCAAAAGCAAAAAGUUUAAGUGAGGCUUUUGAAAACCUGGGUAAAAGAUCUCUGGAAGCAGGUAGGUGCCUGCCCAAGAGUGAUUCCUCUUCAUCACUUCCAAAGGCCAACCCCACACACAGCCCAGCUCGCCCGCAGCAGACAUCUGACCUUCACGUUCAAGGAAGCAGUUCUGGAAUAUUUAGAAAGUCAGUGUCACCCAGCAAAACUCCAGUCCCAGAUAAAGAAGUGCUAGGCCACGGAAGGAAUCGUUAUGAUGAAAUUAAAGAAGAAUUUGACAAGCUUCAUCAAAAGUAUUGCCUCAAAUCUCCUGGGCAGAUGAAGGCGCCUUUAUGUAUUGAAGUGUCUACAGAUAAAGCAAGUAUGGAAGUUCGAUAUCAAACAGAAGGCUUCUUAGGAAAAUUAAAUCCAGACCCUCACUUCAAGGGCUUCCAGAAGUUGCCAUCAUCCCCCCUGGGGUGCAGAAAAAGUCUACUGGGCUCAACUGCAAUUGAGGCUCAUUCAUCUACAUGUGUUGCUCGUGCCACAAGGAGGGACCAUCAGUUCCCUGCAAAAAGACCCAGGCUAUCAGACCCCCAGGACUCCGGAUGCCAGGCCAGUUCCCGGAGUGCCUCAGAUGGGGUGGGCAACACCGUCAGACUGGGAGACCAGGGCAGCUCUUCACAGCCCAACUCAGAAGAGAGGAAGGUGCGUUUCUCUUGGGGAGAGAACACGUCUUACAGGAUGGAAGAGAAAAGUGAUUUCAUGCUAGGAAAAUUCAAAACUAAAAACUUUGAGGACUUGGUUGACUUCUCUGCCCUUAAAGCAAAUAUUAGUGAAAUUGGCUCCAUCAGAGAUGACCCUCAAGUUCUUGGUGUAGAAAUUAUGUGA